UGUCGGUUAUCGGCAUUGCUCUCCUCUCAAGCUGUCACGCUGACAGCUCGAGAGGAGAGGAGAGCCGGUAAUCGGCAUUCCGCGGAGGGGACAUGAGUGCCACCUGUCAGUGUCUAUAAGUGCCAGCUCUCAGUGCCACGUGCCAGUGCCCAUCAAUGCCACAUAUCAGUGCCUACCAGUGCACAUCAAUGCCACAUCUCAUUGCCCAUCUGAGCUGCCUUUCAGUGUCACCCAUCAGUGCCAGUCAGUGCCACCUAUCAAUGCCAAUCAGUGCCACCUAUCAGUGCUGCCAAUCAGUGCUGCCUGUCAGUGCCGCCUGUCAGUGCCCGUCAGUGCUGCCUAUC